AUGACUGCUCUCCGGAACCCAAAGGGAACAGCCAUUGCAUCGAGAAGGGGGAUGGAGAAAAUCAUCUACGACUUCUACUCUGAUCUCUUCGACAGCCAUGUCCACUUGCCUCCUCACCAUCUGAGGGAAGACGGACAUGUCAUUCCAGAGGUUCUCCGUCCGAAAUACGACACGCUAUCAUGUCGCACGAUUGACCAUAUUCACACUGUUUCGAAACUCAUCGAGGUAUCACUAGAAUACAACAUGCCGCUCUGUCUCACCAUCAUCGACUUGAAGAAGGCCUUCGACUCAGUUGAGACGGAAGUGGUCGUGGAAGCCUUGGACAACCAAGGCGUCCCUACUCAGUACAUAAAGGCACUUCGAGAGUUGUACACCACCCUCGAGAACGCAAUGCGAAAGUUGGAAUGGGACGACAUAGGAGUGAAGGUUGAUGGUCGGCAGCUACACCAUUUGCGCUUUGCUGAUGACAUCCUACUGAUAACAUCCACCAUCAGCCAAGCGGAACGAAUGCUGACCGAAUUCGACGAAACAUGUGGACGCAUCGGUCUUCAGCUGAAUCUGCAAAAGGUGAUGUUCAUACGCAACGGAUGGGUCUUGAAUGCCCCAUUCACGCUCAGCGGAACGAACAUAUUCGAAUGCACCAGCUACGUUUUGAACAUGAUGAACGACCUGACACCCGAGCUGGGCAGAGGGAGACGAGCGGCUUGGGGAGCGUAUAAGAGCAUCGAGGAUGUAGUGAAGAAGACCAAGAACACCCGGCUCCGUGCUCACCUCUUCAACGCCACUGUACCUCCUGCUUUGACCUAUUCUUCGAACACCUGGGCAUUUCGCAAGCAGGAAGAAAACGCGGUGAGCGUCAUUGAACGCGCAAUUGAGAGAGUGAUGCUAGGAGUAUCUCGUUUCACGCAAGUGAGAAAAGGGAUUCGAAGUUCUCUACUACGUCAGCGAUCGAAGAUUAGAGACGCCGCCGCGUUUGCCAAGGAAAGUAAAAUAAGGUGGGCCGGACACCUGAUGCGCUUUAACGAAAACCGUUGGACCAGAGCCGUGAGCGACUGGGUUCCCUGCGAUAUUAAGCGCACUACAGGAAGACCGCCGACCCGAUGGUCAGAUUUCUUCACGAAGUCCUUCAAAGAAAAAUAUGAUGUUCUUCGUGCCCCACGCGAAAAGAGGAACCACUGGGCUACUCUGGCACGAUCGGGACAAAUGGAAGAAUUACUGGCGCCCGCUCGACCUGUUCGAAGAUCAACGGGAGUCGAGGUGAUGGAGGUGAAUGUGGAGGUAUCGCCAUCGUCAGACCCUGAGAAGUCAAAGCGUUCUUCUCAAGCGCUUCGUCACCCUACAGAAAGCAUUAUGCAUACUCAAAGCACUGCAGAUUGGCUAGUUUUUAUCUCAUUUGCUGGAAUGUAA